AUGGUGACCCGACCCGAGAUAUACGCCGACACUAUUGAGGACCUAUUGGAUGACAGGUAUGAGGUAUACACCGAUGACUUCAAAUACGACGAGUGGAGGGGACCGAAGUUUCUGAGUCCGCAAAAAUUGCGUACAUUUUUCAGUAACAAAGUGUUGAUUCUGGACCAGAUGUCGAUGGAUGUAAUCGAGCCAUACUAUCCCAGAUUUAUGGCCAUACAUGUGGGUCAACAGUACCUGUCAGUCCUUAUAACACCCCUAUGUGUUGGACCCACCUUUGAGUUUAUUAAUCAGUCUAAUGUUAUUGCUCAGCACGGAUACAAUGAUAUAUACCUCAAUGACACGCAAUCGCUAUUCGUAUUCAUGAUCUAUAACCUCAAUGAGACCAUGACCAAGGUCGGUCCAUUUGGAGCUCCGACCUUUACCUGA